AUGACAAUUCAUAGUUUAUUAUUAGAAUAUUUGUCUGCAUAUAAUAAACAUGAUAUUAAUAAAAUAGUUAAUUUUCUUCAUCCUAAUUGUCGUGUCAUAUUUAAUGAUCAAUUGGUACUCCAAGGUGUAGAAGCAAUGCGACCUACUUAUGAAAGUGAUUUUUUAAAUCCUCAAGCAAAUGUAACGCUUUUAGAAUAUCAUGAAGAUACAAAUAAUAAAGAUCGUAUUCGAGUCUUAUUAAAAACACAUGAUAAUCGACUUAUUGAUGUUACAUAUAUAUUUGAAAUGAAAAAUAAUGAUGAAGAAUUCAAUAAUGCAAAAAUGAUUGAACAUAUCAUACAUUCAGUUAAAUCCCAAUAA